AUGGCAGCAGACGUCGGCCCCAUCACCCUCUCCCUCCCCUCCAAGUACGCCAAAAGCAGCUCCAAGGCGGCGACAACCUCGCAGCCAGCACCACCCAUCGACUGGCUCACCGGCACCUGGACCGUGACGCACUCCACGCUGUCCAUGUGGCGCUCCGCGCGCAACGUGCGCAUCACCUACGCGCCCCUCGCCGCCCGCGCCGAUGGCCGCGCCCGCAUCGACGACCUCGUCGCCUACGAGCCCGCCUCCAGCACCGCCACCCUCAAGACCGUCACCGGCGUUGACACGCGCAGCCCCGACGGCAGCGGCUGGGACUGGCGCGGCAAGGGCUGGCUCUUCUUCGUCUCCAGCCACUGGGAGGUGCUCGGCUGGGGCGAGUCGACCACCACCGGGGAGCGCUGGGCGGUGACGUGGUUCGCGCCGACACUGUUCACCAAGGAGGGCAUCGACGUGUACUCGAGCCGCCGAGAGGGCAUCUCGGAGGCCGUGUACGGGGAGAUUGAUAGGGCGCUGCGCGGGUUGGAGGCAAGGCCGCUGGUGAGCAUGGUCGAGGAGGAGAUGCGGCCGGUGGAGAUCAAGCUGCCGUGGACGGAAAAGUAA